UUACCUUUCAUUAUCCCCUUUCACGAGCAAAAAUCGAGUGCUCCUCAGACACCAUACUAAUCUCCGUCUCCCCUCUUUUAACUUUCUCUCUCCUCAAUCGCCGGCCGUUCGCCGUCGGUGUACCAACGCGUCUCCCUAAUAAUCGUUCGUCGGAGGCAAUGAGGGUUUGAAUCCGUAGACAUUGGACUGGAAACUGCAAAAUGUCUUUCCAGAACAAGGGAUUUUGGAUGGCAAAAGGUGGUGGACACUUAUCUGACACUGAUGCGGCAUACGAUAACACAGCAAGGAUUGAAUCAAAGCGUUCUCACCAGUGGUUUGAUGAUGCUACGGAACCAGAUCUAUUCCCCAACAAGAAGCAAGCUGUACAAACUCCAAAUAGCAAAUUGACUGCAGGAAUUUUAAAUGCAAAUCCUUCUCCUUGGGAGAAUGCUGCCAGUUUUCAAUCAGUCCCAAGCCAAUUCAUGGACCGGUUAUUUGGAGCUGAGACGAACAGGCCUUUCAAUUUUACUGAACAAAAUAUUGCUCCUGUUGGAAUGGAUGGCUCGAAUAUGGGGAGAAAAAGUGUUGAUGAGCAAUUUGGAAAAGAUUCAUCCAUGGGUUUGUCUAUAACUCAUAAUAUCGAGGAUCCAGAAAUAUAUGUUAGCUAUGGUGGUAUUAGAAAAGUCAAAGUCAAUCAGGUUAAGGACUCGGGCAAUGGUUUGCGUGGACCAAAGGAAAAUUAUAAUAAUCCCUCCAUUGGACAGGCCUAUUCUGAUGGCAAUGAAACCAAUUUCAUAUCGAUGGGGCAAGGGUUUAGUAAUGACGAUGAAAGUAGUAUGUUAAUGGGCCAUACCUACAACAAGGGUGCUGCGGACAUCAGAUCCAUACCCUCUGCCUCUGAAAAGGGCAAUGACAAUAGCAUAUCAAUUGCUCAACCUUAUAGUAAGGGAGAGACCAAUACAAUAUCUUUUGGUGGCUUUAAUGAUGAACCUCUUUUUGAACCAUUGGUUCGACCCUUGAACAGCUAUCAGUUUAUGUAUGAUCAAUCUUCAGUUCAAACAUCAGAAACACCGGAAAAAAAAGAGAUGGAUGCAUCCAAUGCAACCGCACUUACAAAUGUCUCUCAGGUUGCUAAAUCCAGACCAGAGUCUUCGUCCAAGAAUAAGUCAGAGUCAAAAGCAACUAAGAAACAGGCUCCAAAUAGUUUUCCUUCAAAUGUCAGAAGCUUGAUUUCAACUGGUAUACUUGAUGGCGUGCCUGUGAAGUAUGUUUCCCUGUCACGGGAGGAGCACCGUGGAGUUAUAAAAGGUUCCGGCUAUCUUUGUGGAUGUCACUCAUGCAAUUACUCAAAGGUGCUAAACGCUUACGAGUUUGAGCGCCAUGCUGGUUGCAAAACAAAGCACCCAAACAACCACAUAUACUUCGAAAGUGGGAAGACUAUUUAUCAAAUAGUGCAAGACUUGAAGAGCACGCCGGAGAGUCAGUUGUUUGAUGCAGUUCAAACUGUAACUGGUUCGCCCAUCAAUCAAAAGUCCUUCCGCAUUUGGAAAGGUAAGAGUGAUCUUCUCUAUCUUUUGGUUUCGUUCAUCUUAUCCAUUGAUGGAGUUCAAGUGCUUUGUCACCAGUGUGUGCUGGUACUUUACUUUUACCCUACUCAUUAUCUUCCAAUUUCUUUCUGCCUUAGAAUCAUUUCAAGCAGCAACUCGUGAGCUUCAACGAAUUUAUGGAAAGGAAGUGUGUAAUCUAUAGUAGUUUUUAAGGUUGUCGACAUGUGAGAUAUGUUCAUCUCUGUAAUCUAUAGUGGGUUUGUUAAACGAUACUCUGAAUAUUGUACUAUGUAUGAAAUGCUGUUUGGUUACGGGAAA